GGUGGGCAUCUCCACCACAGAAAAGAGAGACACCUUCUCUUUUUACAACACAAAGAUAGAAAAGACAGAGCUGCAUCAGACUGUUGAGCUUCUGUGAGGUUAACUAUGACCAAAUUCCUUUUCUACAUGUUUAUGAUGCAAAUGGCCUGUGAGGUCACUCCAUCAGUUCUGGAUCCUUUAUUUCAGUAUAUUGAUGGGAACCAAGACAAAUAUGUGCAGAGGCUGAAGAAGUGGGUGGCAAUCGAGAGUGAAUCCAGUAAUUCUCAGUCCUGGAAGGAAGUGGAAAAGAUGCUGAAUGUGACUGCUGGCCAGAUCCGAGACCUAGGAGGAAGUGUGGAGCUUGCCAGCGUGGGAAGUCAGGAGAUGCCCAGUGGAGAAUCUAUCCCGCUGCCCCCUGUGAUCUUGGCUGAGUUCAAGAAGGACCCGACCAAACCCACCCUCUGUGUUUAUGGACAUGUGGACGUGCAGCCUGCCAAGAAGGAGGACGGCUGGGUUACUGACCCCUACAAUCUGACAGAAGUCAACGGGAACCUGUAUGGACGAGGAGCAACAGACAACAAGGGGCCAGUCCUCGCUUGGCUUCAUGCAGUGGAGACCUACCAGGCACUGAAACAGGAAAUCCCAGUGAACAUCAAGUUCAUAAUCGAGGGGAUGGAAGAAGUGGGAUCAGAUGGCUUAGAGACAUUGAUUAGGCAGCGGAAUGAGAGCUUUUUCUCUGACGUGGAUUACAUUGUCAUCUCAGACAAUGUCUGGGUGAGCCGGAAGCCUGCCCUCACAUAUGGCACCAGAGGGAACUGCUACUUUUGUGUUGAGGUUGAGGGGCCCAAGCUGGAUCUGCACUCUGGGGUGUUUGGAGGAUCUGUCCAUGAACCCAUGACAGAUUUGAUAGCUCUGCUUGGCAGCCUCAUCGAGCCCAGUGGUAGAAUCCUGAUACCUGGCAUCAAUGAGGCUGUGGCUUCUCUAACAGAGGAGGAGAAGAAGCUGUACAAGGGUAUUGAGUUUGACCUGGAGGAGCAAAAGAAGGAUAUGGGCAUUCCAAGAUUCCUACAUGACAGCAAGGAAGAAAUACUUAUGUCUCGCUGGCGCUAUCCAUCCCUGUCAAUCCAUGGAAUUGAGGGAGAUUUUUCUGACCCUGGAUUAAAGACUGUUAUUCCCAGGAAGGUCAUUGGAAAAUUCUCCAUCCGUCAAGUUCCCAAUAUGGACCCACCAGUGGUGGAGAGGCAGGUGAAGGAAUAUCUCCAGGGUAUAUUUGACAAGCACAAGAGCCCCAACAAGCUGAAGAUAACCAUGAUUGUCGGAGCCAGACCUUGGGUGGCUGACCUAAUGGACCCUCAAUAUGUUGCAGGAAGAAGAGCGAUUAAAACUGUGUUCAGAGUGGAUCCUGACAUGAUAAGGGAGGGGUCCACCAUACCAAUUGCACAGACGUUCCAGGAGGUGACAGGGAAGAGUGUGAUGAUGCUGCCCAUCGGGGGCAACGAUGAUGCAGAACACUCCCAGAAUGAGAAGAUCAGCAGGUUCAACUACAUACAAGGGACAAAGCUUUUUGCUGCCUAUUUUUAUGAGCUGUCUCAACUGAAACACUGAAGAUUGUUCAACUUAACGAAAUGGCCAGAGUAUUCCUGUUUUCCUGUGAUUUACACUUUCUGGACUCGCCACGCACAUGCUCAGGAGUGAGAAGAACGCCUUCUUCCAGCUGAAAAGCUGUGAUGUGCUCCAGGCUUCAGUCAUUGAGCCUGUAUACACAUGCAACACGUUUACCUGGCAUUGUACAACUCUCUUUUCUAUCUUUCUGGCUUGUAUGACCAAAGAAAAUGGAAUAUGGCCACUGUUUUGGUCAUUCAGUUUUUUUGUUGGUUUUCCAUACUCAUUCACAGUGGUCACGGCCCUCAUGUGCUUUGUAAUUCUUCUUGCUGGUGUCUAAACAAUUUGAGUGUACUGUAACCCUGCAGUUGCCCAUAAUGUGUGUUUUUUCUGUACAUACUGCAAUGGAUGUGUCCUACAAUUUGAUUGACCUAUCACUUCAUGUUAUGAAGUCAAUUGAUUUGCUGUCAGUGAGUUCAAAUAAACAGUGCUUUAAUCCUA